UGUUCCGGUGCUGUGGGGCCCAAGCGGGGCGCGAUGGAGAGGCUGGCCAGCAGCAGCAGCAGCAGCAGCAGCGCCGCCGGGGCCGGGGCCGGAGCCGGGGCCGGGCGCGGAGGGCCGCCGGGGUUCGCCGCCUGCGAUCCGUGGGAGAUGCGGGAAAGGCUGGGCACCGGCGGCUUCGGCAACGUUUCCCUCUACCAGCACCGGGAUUUGGGUACAAAAUUAGCAAUCAAGUCUUGUCGCCUGGAACUAAGUGUGAAAAACAAAGAUCGGUGGUGCCAUGAAAUUGAGAUUAUGAAGAAGCUGAACCACCCCAAUAUUGUAAAAGCCUGUGAAGUGCCUGAAGAAAUGAAUUUCCUUGUUAAUGAUGUUCCACUAUUGGCAAUGGAAUAUUGCUCCAAGGGAGAUCUCAGGAAGCUGUUGAACUUACCUGAAAAUUGUUGUGGUCUUAAGGAAAGCCAGAUACUUUCCCUUCUUAGUGACAUUGGGUCUGGUAUCCACUACUUACAUGAAAACAGAAUAAUACAUAGAGAUCUAAAACCUGAAAAUAUAGUUCUUCAGGAUGAAGGUGGGAAGAUAGUUCACAAAAUAAUAGACCUGGGAUAUGCCAAGGACCUGGAUCAAGGAAGUUUAUGUACAUCUUUUGUUGGAACCUUACAGUAUUUGGCACCAGAACUCUUUGAUAAUAAAACCUAUACAGCUUCUGUAGACUUCUGGAGCUUUGGCACUGUGGUCUUCGAGUGCAUUACAGGAUUUAGACCAUUUUUACAUAACCAGCAGCCUUUUACCUGGCAUGACAAAAUCAAGAAGAAAGAUCCAAAAUUCAUCUUUGCAUGGGAAGAAAUGACUGGGGAAAUUAGAUUUAGUGCUCAUUUGCCAAAUCCCAACAGCCUAUGCAGCAUGAUUGUAGAACUAAUGGAGAGUUGGCUCCAACUGAUGCUAAAUUGGGAUCCACAGCAGAGAGGUGGUGGUACAGACCCAGAAACUGGAAACUUCAGGUGUUUCCAACAGAUGGAUUAUCUGUUGAACUUAAAGAUAGUUCACGUCUUAAAUAUGACUUCUGCCAAGAUUUUGUCUUUUUCAUUGCAUCCUGAGGAAAGUCUUCAUUCGCUACAGUCCCGUAUUGAGACUGAGACCGGAAUAAGCACAGGCAACCAAGACCUUCUCCUUGAGAUGGGAGUUUGUCUGGAUCCUCGGAAGCCAGCUUCUCAAUGUGUUAUUGAUGGCAUAAGAGGCUGGGAUAGCUACAUGGUUUAUCUAUUUGAUAAAAGCAAAACGAUAUAUGAAGGUCCUUUUGCUUCUAGGAGUCUGUCUGACUGUGUAAAUUAUAUUGUACAGGACAGCAAAAUUCAGUUGCCUAUAUUGCAGCUUCGUAAGAUAUGGGCUGAGGCUGUGCAUUAUGUUAUUGGGCUAAAAGAGGAUUACAGCCGGCUUUUUCAAGGACAGAGAGCUGCAAUGCUGAGUCUUCUUAGGUACAAUGCCAAUUUAACAAAAAUGAAAAACAACAUGGUAUCAGCAUCACAGCAACUGAAAGCAAAGUUGAAGUUCUUUCAGCAGAGCAUCCACCUUGACCUGGAAAGGUACAGGGACCAGAUGACAUAUGGAAUAUCCUCAGAAAAAAUGCUGAAAGCCUGGAAAGAAAUGAAGGGAAAGGCCUCACAGUGUGAACAGGCUGGAGAUAUUGGCUAUCUAGAUGAACAAAUAAUGGCUUUGCAUACUGAGAUUGUAGAAUUGCAGAGGAGUCCCCAUGCACGGCGUCAAGGUGAUCUCAUGGAAAAUCUAGAACAAAGAGCUAUAGAACUCUACAAGCAACUAAAACGAAGACCCGCAGAUCAUUCCUACAGUGACAGCACAGAGAUGGUGAAGAUCAUUGUCCAGACAGUUCAGAGUCAGGACUGGGUGCUCAAGGAACUCUUCAGACAUCUUAGCAAAUUGUUGGAUUGUAAACAGAAGAUUAUUGAUUUACUGCCAAAGAUUGAAGUUGCUCUAAAUAACAUCAAGGAGGCUGACAACUCAGUGAUGCAAAUGCAAGGGAAAAGGCAGAAAGAAAUCUGGCAUUUGCUGAAAAUUGCUUGUACACAGAGUUCUGCUAAAUCUCCCGUUAGUUCUAAUGGAGAAGGCACGGGUACAUCUUCAGUGCCAGCUUGGCUGUCACAAACCCCACCAGGAAAUGUUCUUCAACCUCUUUCUUCCAUGGAAGCCUCUAGAAAUCUGGUGCCUCUUGCACAUUUAAUAGAAGAAAAUCUAAGCUACCUCGACAGUUUUAGCACUAUUAUACAAGAAGCAAGACAUGAUCAGAAUACCAGUCUAAUGAGUAUUGAUUGGAGUUGGAUAAAUUAGCUGAGUAUACAAAGAGUACAUCCAGAAAUUGCUCAGGGGUUCUGUGUGUGCGUUUGUUCCAUCCUGAACUGACCAUCUGGUACUGCCUGAGAGUCUUACAGUUUGGGCUGGGGUGGGGCAUUUCAAACAUGCCUACUGAACUCAUUCUUCCAAAUUUCACUGAACCCAGCUUUCUGAUAACAGAGUGUUGCAGCUGCUUUAAGGUCAGUCACGUUGUACACCAUUUUGUAAGGCGCUGAUUGCUAUUCUGUGUUCAGCCAAAACAACUAUUUGCUUUCUAACUAAAGGGGAACCUUUCCAGGCUUUGAAAUCGGUCUUGGAAAGUGGCUGGUCCUGCUUCUUACACUAAGAAGUAUGCCAUCCCUGUCAUAGGGCAUAAAAUGCAAUAUAAUGAAAUGUACUAAAAAUAAGCACUGUAUUAUAAAAAUAAGCAAAACAGUUAUUUGAAGGACAAUUUAAAAAUAAACAGUUUUCUAAAUGUUUUAUCAUGGACUUUUCCCCAUAUCUCUUCUAGCUCUUCAGGUGAUAAUUGGUGGUCUCUUUCUUUAAACAUAAUGGAGAUAUUUUUGUUAUAUACUAUCCUAUUUUUAAAUGUAUUAAUUUUUAUACUUGAAAAUGGUUGUUGUCUAACCUUAUCCUAAAUAGGGUGGGUAAUAAUUGUAAAUAAAAGGAGUAGUUUAAAUAAAAUAAGCUGAGUCCACGA